AGUGGAACGUGUUCCGCUUUGAAUCUACUUAUUGACGCAGCAAAUAGAUCACCUCGACACACCCUCAACUUCUAACACCUUGCUGCCAUGAGUUCUUGCUUUUAGAUCGCACCAGAAAUUCGACGACAAGUCUCGCACCCAAUCCAAGUGUUAAUCGUAGACUCAUCUUUGUAACGAGGAGGGUAGAAUGUAAAAUAGAGCGUGCGCGAGUGGUUUGGAAAAAUAAACAGCAUCACGUGCAGACGUGCCUCACCUUCCUUGUGAGUCCGUUUUAGAUCGCUGCCUUGGUGUCGCGUCUUCAAACAACGCGUACGGCGGAAACGUUAUCGACCAUUCUCAACCUUUCAAAGAAUGCCAAAUGCCUACACGCGGCGAUCUCCAUCGGCAAGCGCACUACAUAGCGAACCCGUUUGACGAGGAGCCCCCACGCAUACAAGAGUACACGGCGAAGGAGAUUGCUAUUCUCCAAAGUCGCUUGGACAAGCAAUUAGGACCGGAAUACAUAUCCACGCGAAAAGGUCCCGGCGGGCAGAAUGUACAUUAUUUGGGAGCCGAGAAGAUCAUCAAUCUAGCCAACGAGGUCUUUGGGUUUAACGGCUGGUCGACGAGUAUCCGUGACACCACGAUCGACUAUGUCGAUAUCGAAAAAGAUGGCAGAGUCUCUAUGGGUCUCAGUAUAAUUAUGCGCGUCACCCUCAGAGAUGGCACCUAUCAUGAAGAUAUUGGAUACGGUACAAUAUCAAAUUGCUCCGGCAAGGGCGCUGCGUUUGAGAAGACAAAGAAAGAGGCUGCAACUGAUGCAAUGAAGAGAGCGCUAAGAAACUUUGGAAACGUACUGGGUAAUUGCCUCUACGAUAAAGAGUAUCUGAAAAAGGUUGUCAAGAUCAAGCCUCCACCGUCAAGAUGGACAGAAGAGAAAUUGCACCGACAUCCAGAUGUUGUUGGCCAGAAAGCUCCAAACGAGGAGUCACCUGUUGAGAAGGAAGUUUCAAUUCCGCCAACCAGGACUUUGAGCGAGCUCUCAAAGGCUUCGACAGCAACGGAUUAUGACGACGAGUUUGGUGGAAACGCGUUUGAUGAUGUUGAUUUCACGAGAUCCGAUGAGUUCAUUGUUCCGGACAACGAAAUGGUGGAAGACCAACACAACACUAUUAAGCAAGAAAUGAAUAGCACAACAACUCGCUUGCCCGUCCAGCAAGCUCAAUCAGUGCCACAACAACCGAAGCAGCAGCCGAACGUAACUACACGACCACAGCCAAAGCCACAGCAGCAACAUCAACCGACUGCACCAACCAUGACUGGUCAGUCCAACGUAGGGUCUAUCCGAGGAGGACAGACUGGACAGCAAAAUCGAAUAUCUGAGCCCAACCGACAACAGUCGACUUCAAUACAUCAUCGGGCUACAUCAUGCACACCAGAGAGUAUUCAGCAACGACCGCCGGCUCAGGGACCGCAAGGAGCUUCCUCCGGUGAACAGCAAAUGCCUGGACCGCCAGUCGGAUUCGUUAGAGGGAGAGUCGCAGAAAUGGUUCAGAACUCCAACGGCCAACUACCAGCAAAUUCUGCUUUCAAUCCUCAUGCUGAAAGUCCCUCGAUACGAAAGACCAAUGGUGUCAAUCACCGUACCAGCGCCCCCAUCAGAAAAGAUGAGGUUGGUGUGGCAUUGUCUUCCCCCGCACCUAUUAACGGGCCUGCCCAAGGCUUUGCGAGCUCUAACGUAAACAAUAACAUCAAUAACUCCGUUCAACAUCCGCCUCAAGGCAACAAUAUGUCCCCAUUACCCAGACCAAACUACGUGAAUCCACAACAUGAUCCGCAUAGGAAGAUAGGCGUGCCGCAACAACCUGGCUUACAAAGCCCCGGUGCGAGACCAGGGAGCUAUCGACCUCCUGGUCCAGCUGGCGUCAAGCGAGGGCCUCCGGAAACAAUCAGCAGGCCGCCGUUGGGUGACGUGAGCAACCUUAAGGUAGGAGUGCCUCCUGAUGGAGGAGGCACGGAUACAGACACAAAGAGAGUGAAAACUCAGGGUCAGGAGGACAGCGCAAGACCUGUUUCAACUUAAUUCGUCCUGUAUUUUGGCUACGAUUGCUUGCUAGCGUUCACGCGUUAUGUUUUCUUGGUGGAGUUGCAAAGUAGCUUCAGAACAUGAAGAAUUCCCAUAAGUUAUUCGAGCAUGUCUUUGUUCGUCGGUUCAGGGCAGCUAUAAGAAUGUUUCAUAGUCUACUCUGUUGUAUUCGAACAGCAAAACAUGAAUGCAGUUGAAUUCACCUGGGCUUGGGUUGCUGCCUGGUUGAACUCCUUCUAGAAUUUUUCAUCCUGAAAAUCUACCACUCCUCGCUUACAAAUUUUGAACCUAGCUUUUGAAGUCUGCAUGCCCUGCCGUUGAUUCAAGCGUGCACUCGUCACCAC